AUGCCAGAUUGUAGUCAUUGUGGUGCUACAAGAUUUGAAUACGAGCCUCCAACAUUUUGUUGCGGAAAUGGAAAAAUUAAACUUGCACCUAUUGAAGUUCCGGAUGAAUUGUAUGAUCUAUUUACCUCACCAUCAGAAGAAGCAAUUGAAUUUCGAAAUAAUAUCCGUGUCUUCAAUUGUAUAUUCUCUUUUACUUCAUUCGGCGUGAAAUUAGAUAAGGAGCUUGCAUCAGCAAGACGUGGGGUAUACACUUUUCGAGCACAAGGAAUGGUUUAUCACGACCUUCCAGGACUAAAUCCAAAUGAAAAUGGCCCUAGCAACUUCCAGCUGUAUUUUGUUGAUACUGAAAACGAGGUUACUAAUCAAAUGAAUGUACUUCAAACCUCAACUUUAUCGGGUGGUACUGUGGAGAAACUUAUCCAUGUUCUGGAGAUUAAUCCUUAUGCAAAAAUCUUCAGAAGAUUAAAAGACUAUCCUGCAAUGGAUGAGGUGCAACUUCAUAUCUCAAAAGAUGUUAAAUUAGACCAAAGAGUAUAUAACACUCCCACACCGGAUCAAGUUGCAGCUAUAUGGGUUGAAGGAAACAAUGAGAAUAUGUCGUGUGAACAUAACAUUGUAGUCCAUGCUCAUUCAGGUCAUAGAUACAGAAUCAAGCACUAUUAUGGAUGUUAUGACCCAUUGCAGUAUCCACUUCUUUUCCCAAAAGGUGAAACAGGAUGGCACCAGAAUAUUUUUAAAAUUAGUACGAACAUAUCAAGGUCCUCAGGGCGUGGCACUGGGCAGUUGAGGAUUGUAGAUAUUGAGGACAUUACACGACAACCACAAGUCAUCAACGGUGAAAACAAUCAAAAAGUUUCUUGUCGAGAAUAUAGUUGCUAUCGACUUCAGAUCAGAAAUGCGAGGCAGUCUAUCCUACUUUUGGCUGGAAGAUUGUUGCAACAGUAUACAGUUGAUAUGUAUAUAAAAUUAGAGACAACACGGUUGGAUUACUUUCGACGGAACCAAACUAAUUUAAGAGCCGAGCUAUACCAAGGACUCAUUGAUAGUGUAUCAAGAGGAGAAAAAAGGGGAGGUGAAGUUGGAAAAAGAAUUGUUCUUCCUGCAUCUUUUAUUGGGGGUCCAAGAGAUAUGCGGCGCAUAUAUCUAGACGCGUUGGCAUUAGUUCAAAGAUUCGGAAAACCGGAUCUUUUUAUUACAAUGACUUGUAAUCCAGAGUGGAAAGAGAUACAAGAAAAUUUAUAUGCUGGUCAACAGGCUCAAGAUCGUCCAGAUUUAACAUCCCAAGUCUUUCGAGCAAAGCUCCAAGAUUUGAAAGAUCAACUAUUCAAAAAAGAAAUAUUUGGAAAAGUCGCUGCCCAUGUUCAUGUAAUUGAGUUCCAGAAAAGGGGAUUGCCGCAUGCUCAUAUGUUGAUAAUUUUGAAGUCUGAAUACAAAAUUACAACUCCAGAACAAUUCGACAGAUUUGUUUGUGCUGAGCUUCCAGAUAAAGAAAAAUAUCCUGGACUCUAUGACUUAGUGCUUAAACACAUGAUGCACGGGCCAUGUGGAGAAUUGAACUUCAAAAACUCGUGUAUGAUCGAGGGAAAAUGUAAGUAUCACUAUCCACGAUCAUAUUGUGAAAGCACAGUGCAAGGUAAAGAUGGAUAUCCAAUCUAUCCACGAUCAUAUUGUGAAAGCACAGUGCUGAAGUUCGUAAGGCGAAGCUAG